AACAAGGGGCACAACUCUGAUUAAGAAAAUUUAUCCAAAAUGGCCGACGAUAACUCACCCACAUAUUCCCCUGACCAUUUUCCAAGUUCUCCAGAAGAGGACUCUGUAGAGGUUGCCAAAAAGAUGGGGAAAACAAACAUGUUACAGUGGAUGGAGAUAAGAGUGUCAGAACCUGAGAAAAGAACAACAACAGCCAUGAAGAUGACAGACACAUAUAUGGUGUAUCUAGUUGAGACAAGGAUUAUGGACAACAGUGUUAAAUGUAAAGGUGAUGGUACAACUUCUUUAUGGAGACGAUAUAGUGAAUUUGAAAUACUCAGAAAUUACCUUGAUAUAAUGCACCCAGCAUUAGUUAUUCCACCAUUACCAGAGAAAAAAGCUACAUACACAUGGCAGAAUAUGGCUACAGACAAAUUUGAACCAGAAUUUAUUGAGCGUAGAAGAGCAGCGCUUGAAAUAUAUUUGUUGAGAUGUGCAGCCCACCCCAUUCUGUGUUUGGAUAAAAUCUUUAUCGGUUUUCUUCAAAAGGAUGAAGGCUGGAAAGAUUCUGUAUAUGCAACAGAGUUUCAGAGUAAGGCAGAAUCUAGAUUGAAAGCUAUCAGCGCAUCAUUUCGUCUCAAGAAACCAGAUAAACGAUUUGAAGAAGUAAAGAAUUACAGUGGAGAACUACAGAGUAACAUAGCCAAUCUUCUUAAAGUUCGAGCUAGGAUGGCUGAUCAUCAGUAUGGUAUACAUAAACUGCAUGCAAACUAUCACCGAGUGUUCAACGAAUGGAGUGGUAUAGAGAAAGAUAUGUCAGAACCUCUACAGAGUGCUGGGCAUUAUAUGAAUGUGGAUUCACAGUCUAUUGAUGCUAUAUUGGAGGAGGAAGAACAAUAUGCAGAUCAGUUGAAGGAGUAUAUGGCAUUUGGUGAAUCUCUCAGGUCAGUAUGUAGGAAGUAUGAAUGUAUGCAGUAUGACCAUGAAAGAGCCGAGGAUAGUCUUGCUAGUAAAUCCAGUCAAAAAGAAAUGCUGGCUCAGGGGAAGACUGCAGGAGGAUUUAGCCUAAGUGGAAUGAAGAAAGCUCUGUUUGGUAACGACACACAGGAGCAACGGGAACUAAAGUUGAAACAUCUAGAUGAGCAAAUCAAACUUACAGAACAAGAACUGGCACAAAUUAAUGAAGAAACACAAAAAUUUGUAGAAGCUGCCUUGCGUGAUAUAGACAGAUUUAAAAGACAGAAAACAAAAGACCUGAAAGAGAUUUUCACAAAUUACGCCAUCAUGCAGAUCAAACAGUGUAAAAAGGGCAUUGCAAUCUGGACAAGUGCUAAAGAUUGUUUUACUAAAAUGUAAGAAAUAAUUAAUAUGAGUGAGAAAUUACAGCAGAGUUACGGAAUGUUAUGGAUGGAAACAGUUUAAAGGUGGUUGCUCAAGGAUAGGUCAUCUUGUUCACAGACAGUUUUGUUUUGUACACCAUGUGUAUACAUAAUUACGUGUUGUGUGAAUACACAACUCAGUUGCAUAGAAUUUGAUUUGCAGUGUUUUACAGAAGUGUACACGUUACAUGUAUACAUAUAUAUAUA